AUGCACCCACCCGGCACCCGGAGCAUCCCAGAGGGCCCGGCCGCCUCCUUGGGAGCGGUUCCCCAGGGAACCACGCCCCUCCACCCCCGCCCGCAGGAAGGGCCACCGCCCAGCCCGAGCCGCCGGGCAGCGCCUCCGCCGGCUCCCGGGCUGGCACCCGCCGCCCUUGGAUCAGCCUGGGCGCGCCUGGGCCCAGACAAGCACGAAGUCUCCUCCCGCAGCCCCGGCCCCGAAGGAGAAAACGCCGAGCGCUGGGCCCAGCGCGCCCCCGCUUUGGGGAAGCCCGGGCCCGGCCGGCGGCAGGGCGGCGCCCUUGGGGGCCCUCCCGAGGGUCAGCUGCGGGCGGCGGCCGGGGCGCGGCGGGCGCGGGAAGCCAGAGGACGGCUGACUCAUCUUCCUUCCCGCCGCCGCAACCCAUGUGACUCAGGGUCGAACUCAGCCCACAUCCAGAUUCCAGCACCGGAGAGCGGUGAGAAGUGCAGGCUUUGGGGUCAGACAAACGGUGGAGACUUGGGGAAGUCAAGUUCACCUGCCCCAGAAACCCUUCUGAAGGGCCCUGCCUUUGAACAAAGACAGGAAGGAACACAUGAGGCCAUGACUGAAGAUCACCUAGGCAGAUGAAAAGGAUCAAUGCAAAAUCAGAGUGGAGACAAGCAUAAAAUGGGGGCGAGGUCAGAGGAUGAUACAUGUGCCCCAAAUGCUCACAGAGGUCUUCUGGUGGAGGCUCAUGGUUGGACCAAAUGCCCGCUCUGAAGCCUUGUUGGAUGUAGGGAUUGGAUCCCAGCUGUUCCACAUGCUGGCUUUGUGUCCUUAGCCAAGUUACUUUACCCCAGAGACUCAUUCUUGCCUCUAGCAAGCGGGAUAAU